AUGGGAGGGUACCUGCCGGCAAGAACGAGGAUCCCCGACUGUAUCGAUGCCUUCGAGGUCGUCACUGGCGGGAUUACACUUGGCGGCCUGCCUAUCGGCACGGAUGGAUUUCAUGCUAGUCAGCUCCGAGCGAAGGUUUCUACCCUCAACGAAGAGCUCUCGAAGCUCGGGCUCGUCCAGCAUGGCUUCAUGUUCAAGACGCUGGUGAGGGCGAGCCAUCUCCAGAAGCUGCGCUUCUUCCUCCAGGGGUCUUCUCCGUUUCUCCCGCGGGUCCAAUCACAGAUUCGUCGCUUUGACCUCUCUGUCCACCUGGCGCUUGAGAAAUACCACCGCUGGCCUUCCUCGCAGUACCUCGCCGCGCAUCCCGACCUGCUAGAGUUUGCGAGGUUCAAGCGGGAGCUUCCGUAUAGUCGGGGAGGGGACGAGUUCACGCCCUCUGAGGGUCUACACCCCGCUGUUUACUAUACGGCUAUCGCUCGCUUCCUCGCUUGGUACUCUGACCAGCCGAUGUCCCGGACCUUGCCCUCUCCUCAUAGCCUGGACGUUCACUGCUCGAGAUCUCUCCGUGCCCAGAAGCAUCCUCUGGCGACCUUCUUCGUUGAGGCGCACGACUUCGUUCAUAAUGCUGGAGCGAUCCUCUACCGUCGUGUGAAGGCUCCUGCACCGGCUGCAGAUGGCGCGGCGAUCCCACCUGCCCCGGCUGCUGUGCCUGAUGACGCAGGACGCCCCCCGGCAUCUGUGGUACACAUCCCUGGUUUGCGCGCUCUCGUCGACUCGUCUCAUGAGCACUUCAUUCCUCCGCCUGCGCAGCGCAAUGUGACCCCUCUUGUCAUGCGCGUCUUCCCUCGCCAUGUGCAUGCUCGCGCUGCGCUGACCGAUCAGCAGCGUGAUAUCCUCACCUUGCACAGCCGCAGGACACACUCGCUCAAGUCGCAGGAUAGGGUCUUGCAGUCUACCAUCUUCGCUCAUUUUCCUGAGCGUGACCUGAGCCACUCUCCGAUGCGAGUCUCGAGCUACUACCCCCUCACUGAGGCCUUCCCGCACCGCUAUGCUCAGAUGCCUAAGGGUGAAGGGAUCAAGCUAAACCUCCAGGCACACAGUCCACAGCGAGAAGCUGCACAAUCACACACAAAACACAAGCCCGAAAAGAACCAGCACUGCUGGCACCCAGACGCGGCAUCGCCAGCCCAAGCGCGAAGCCGCGCAGACAAGCAGCCGAAGGUCGAGACGUCCGCUGCCGCCACAAAGAAGGGCAAUAUUCACAUCCCUGGAAUCCGCGAUCGAGGGUCUGAGCAGUACGAGGGCUUGAUGGCGGACGUGACGUUCGUCCACCCUUACAUACGUUGGUCCACCCUUACAUUUCGGGUAGCCGCGUCUGCCGACCUGACCAAGUGGGACAAUGGAUUUACUGGCAGAAGCGCACAGCGAGAAGCUGCACAAUCACACACAAAACACAAGCCCGAAAAGAACCAGCACUGCUGGCACCCAGACGCGGCACCGCCAGCCCAAGCGCGAAGCCGCGCAGACAAGCAGCCUAACCGGGUCGAGACGUCCGCUGCCGACACAAAGCGGGCGGCCGCGGACGGAGAAAGGGCAGCCGCCGACAAGGAGCCGGCGUUGCCCGGGGUCCGCCUGGGGCAGCCUGCGGCCUAUACUGACGGAGGGAGGCUGGACACGGAUAUCGCCCUUCAUCUUGCGGCCAUGAGGAUGGGAGGGUACCUGCCGUCGAGAACGAGGAUCCCCCACUGUAUCGAUGACGCUCUGAAGACCAGCUUCGUUCAGCAUCGACCGAAUCGUCUGGAGAUGAUGUGCAGCAACGGAGGGAUCGAGCUCGCGCUGACAUCCAUCACAUUCCGUCGGACACUGGCAGAUCGGCAUGCCAUGGAGAUACAAUGGAUUUACUGGCAGAAGGUCACGCUCAGGAAAAUGAGCGAAGAUGGUAGACUGCAAGACCCUAUCCUGCGACUUGAGCGAGUGUGUCCUGCGGCUGUGCAAGCCUGCGCUGAGCGCGAGCAUGCACAUGGCGAGGGAAGACGCGCAUGA